GGCUCAUGCUGCAGUGCAACCUAGUAUUGUCUUUCCUUGCAGUAUCUGCGAACAACUCCAGAGGAAAUUCAUGUGUUGAUUCCAAGGUGUCUUUUCAUUAAGCAAGAUGUCCAACAUAUAUACUCUGAGAGCACUUAUCGGUGGCCAGUGGUCAUCUAGCAGACGACUUGAUGGCAAAACAGUCAUUAUCACUGGAGCAAAUACUGGUAUUGGCAAAGAAACCACAAGAGACCUGGCAAAACGAGGGGCCAGGAUAAUAAUGGCUUGCAGAGACCUUGACAAAGCGGAGGUUGUACAGAAAGAGAUCACUGAAGACUCAGGGAACCAAAACAUAGUGAUCAGGAAACUAGACUUAUCUGACACCAAGUCAAUCAGAGAAUUUGCUGAGGUAAUUAACAAUGAGGAGAGAGCCCUUCACAUUCUCAUUAACAAUGCUGGGAUCAUGAUGUGUCCCUACUCUAAGACAGCAGAUGGCUUUGAGAUGCAGUUUGGUGUCAACCACUUAGGUCACUUCCUGCUAACAUUCCUGCUGAUUGAUCUGCUGAAGAGAUCUGCCCCCUCAAGAAUCAUCAACCUCUCCUCCAUGGCACAUAGUUGGGGCACUAUAAGACUUGAUGAUAUCAAUAGUGAGAGGAAUUAUCAUAGCAGGAGGGCAUAUGGUCAGAGUAAGUUGGCCAUCAUCCUCUUCACUCGCUCCUUGGCCAGAAAACUCAAGGACACUGGUGUGACAGUAUAUGCAGUCCAUCCAGGAAUUGUACGAACAGAACUUAAAAGACAUAUGAAUCUUGGACUUCUUAUCAUGUGGAAAGUUGUCAGACCUUUCACAAAGACUCCAGUGCAGGGAGCACAAACCACCAUCUACUGUGCAGUAGAACCACAUUUAGACACAGAGAGUGGUGGUUACUACAGUAACUGUGGACCUUCAAGAUGCACCCAAGCUGCUAGAGAUGAUGACAUGGCUGAGAAACUUUGGGAGCUAAGCUGCAAGAUGCUGCGAAUAGUCUGGGACUAAAUGCAAUUAUAGUUUGUUUGUUUUUUCUCAUGGACAAUUACUAUAUAGCAGAUAUAGCCAUUUUUUAAAUAACUUUACUUAAAAUCAUUUGGUUGAUAAUAAGUUCAGUUUCUGACAGACUGACGACUGUAGUCUUAUGCAUUUGUUCAACUCUUUGCCAAUUGUCAUUUUUUUUAAUGAGCAAGGCGCACAACAACAAUACAUGUAUGAUUUACUGUCUUCAUACCAUGAGAUUAAAAAUCUAAAUCUAAAUUAAUCACUCAUCCUUGUCUCUUAUAUUUUAAAAUAUAAUCAUUGAUAGGACAGUAAAACGAUUUAUUAGGAUAACGGCACAAGCUGAAAGCUGUGGAUGAUCACAGUCUUCAUUCACGGGAAAUACACGUGUGAAAAUGAAGUUGUCAAGAUUGUGAGGCAAUUAGAAAAAAUCUAACUAUACAGAAAUAGAUCAGUCUUAUUUAAAUUAAAAUAAAUAAGUUUUCACACAAAUUUGUGUAGUAUUUGGACACUGACAAACACUGCAGUCAAAGGCAUUUCACAGGAAGA